GGUCUCUGGCUCAUUCACAAGCCAUAGUCCGAGUGGUGAGCACGUGAACACCUCUGCCUCGUAAAUUCCAGGCUUCCGUUUUGGUUUCCGUUCAAAAUUCCAGUUAAAUUCAGUUGAGAGAGAUGGGGUUGUGGCAGACCGUCCAGCGUUCGCUGCUGAUGCGUCCCGGUGCGGGACCGCUGACGCUCAAGCGUACCAGGAUGUACGACGCCCACAAGAUGGCGGUGCGGCGGAGGCGCUUGGAGGUGAUCAAGGCCGAGAAGUACAAGCCGCCGCAGUGCUUCAUGGCGAUCCGUCGCUCCGAGAACCGCUGCAACCAGCCGCGCCUCAAGUUGCCCAAGAACGAAUGCCUGGACGAUCCCUGCGGCGAACAGGAGCUGCCCAUGGAUCUGGACCACUACACGCCCAGUGACAAGAGGAAGCGCAAGUACCAGCGCACCUGGUGCGAGUGCUACCUGAUCCCCAAGGCGGCGGUCCAGGCGAAGAAGAAGUACCCCAAUAGACCGCGCCGGAAGUUCGACUGCCCCAUUGUCAGCGAGGUGGAGUGCCGCGAAUCGGACAUGAAGCCCGACAAUCCUCGGACCAAACCCGAGAAGCUGAUCGAGGUGAACCGGAUCGGGGACUGGCCCUGCUGCAAGAUCCCCUCGCCGGGCUGUCCGGAGGCCAGAAAGCCGCCCUCCUGCGACGUGGGCCGCAUCCCGUCCUGCUGUAAGAAGCGCCGCACCCAGUAUCCCAGCUUCUCCGAGUGCAAGAAGGAGCUGCUCGACCCCAUCAUGCCGUGCGAGUGCGAGAAGAAGGUCAACCUGUGCGACGUCUGGGCCUACUGGCGCAAGAUGAAGAAAUAGGCCGGCCCCUUCACCCCGAGGAACCACAGAGACCAGGGAAUCAAGGCGGAAUGAGCACCACAUCUGGAUCGAGAUGCCCAAAUCAGCAGUGAAAGUAUGCGUAAACAAAGUGGCUCGCAUGUAUUCCCGUUUAUACUUUGUUUAAGGGUUCAUUCAUAAAAUACCGAUCCUCCAGUCCACUCCCCA